GAAGGUAAGUGGGAAGGAUGCAUUAGUCAUGAAAUAAAGAAGUUGAUCUGGAAAACUCUACUGGACGGAGUGAUACGGCUAAAGAAAGUUACUAGUGGAAACUGAAGCUAUACCGAAACAUACUAAAAUGACACACAAAUUUUUAGAAUUCAACCUUCCUAUGAUGUUAUGAUGUACUUACUUUUUUUUUUUUUACUUUCCCAGGAGACAGUGAAAACAGCUAAGAGCAAAAGGGUAUACUUGUUUAUUUAUUCGUUCCCAAUCUAGGCCCUUAUUGCAAAUCUUGUAAAAAGCUGCUUUGAGUGUGUGAGCUAGAAAGGGGAUCCCGAGGCUGAUUUGGAAAAGAAAUAGGGGAGCUUUGGUUCUGCAAUGCUGAUACCACCUCAGCAGCCCUCCCAUCUCACGGUCUGAGAACCAUCCUUCUGAUUUCCACCUUCCUUUGUGGUAAAUUGUGAACCAACUCUCUUAUCUCAACAAUCAGUUUAACAAAGUUGUCUGUAAAAGUAGGACUAGCUUGAGCCCAGCAACCACAUCAUAAAAAUUGGGGGAUGAUGAGGUGGAAAUAGUUCUCUAUAAAUAUUUUUGCAUAUCUACAUAUCUACCAGAAAUAGUUUACUUGGUCUACACACAAAUUAUAUAUACAUUUGCUCUUUGCAAAAUCAAGCUGUCAAAAACUCUUGUUAUACACACACACCAAAAAAUCUAAACCUCAGUAUUUUCUGAGACUGUUCAAAACCCUCUUUUGUUCUUCUCUCUCAAGAUCCUAACAGAAGAUUCUGCAGGAACACGGAGGCCUUGGUCUCUUCUUUGUCCGUCUGUUUCAUGUUGGUCCUGAUUUCCCAAACUUACUCAUCGGGAGCCCAUUCAGGAUCAAAUUUGUCUGAAUGUAAAUUUCUAAAAGUAGCCACUGGAACAACAUGGACACAGGAGAUAGUGGAAUUAAUACAAAAUGAAGGUGAUGUAGAGAAAAGUAAACGGGCACCAACUCAUCAACGAUUUCCUUUCCUCGAAUGGAAAAUCCCAUCCUUAGGAUCUGGUUUGGAACAAGCUCAGGCAAUGCCCUCACCACGGAUCCUGAAAACACAUCUUCCUUUUCACUUGUUGCCACCAUCCUUCCUAGAGAAAAACUGUAAGAUAAUCUAUGUAGCAAGAAAUCCCAAGGACAACAUGGUGUCCUAUUACCAUUUCCAAAGAAUGAAUAAAGCACUUCCUGAUCCAGGAACAUGGGAAGAGUAUUUUGAGACUUUUCUGGCUGGGAAAGUGUGCUGGGGCUCCUGGCAUGAACAUGUGAAAGGAUGGUGGGAAGCCAAAGACAAACACCGUAUUCUCUAUCUCUUCUAUGAGGACAUGAAGAAGAACCCAAAGCAUGAAGUUCAGAAGCUAACAGAAUUUAUUGAGAAGAAACUAGAUGACAAAGUUCUAGAUAAAAUUGUCCAUUACACUUCAUUUGAUGUUAUGAAACAGAAUUCAAUGGCAAACUAUUCAUCGAUUCCUGCUGAAAUCAUGGACCACUCCAUUUCUCCAUUCAUGAGAAAAGGGGCAGUGGGAGAUUGGAAGAAACACUUCACCGUGGCUCAGAAUGAGAGAUUUGAUGAAGAUUACAAGAAGAAAAUGGCGGAUACCAGACUAACUUUCCACUUCCAAUUCUAGUAAGGAAGAAAAAGAACUAAAAAUAUUUUAGUUUAUUACCCAGUAUAUUUAGGUAAUAAUGAAAGUUUAAUUCUCACAACAAAUGAUAUCGGAUUCCAGUUAUCAGAAUAGUUUAUUGUGUUUGCUCUUGUUCACUCUACUAAAAAAAAAAUUAAAAAGGCUGGGGGCAAGGUGGUGACAGGCAGCAGGGUGGCAACAUGGAGAGAGGGAAGGUCAAUAAGUCACUAGUUACAAUCCUGAUAUCAUUGCCAAUUAUCAUAUUUACAUUUCCUACAAUCAUGUGCUUAUUAACAUAUUGAAAAUGCUUCAGUCCUCACAUGAUAAUACACUAACAUUUUCAGAUUAAGUUUUGGUUCAAGUUAAUUUUUAAAUGCAUCACUAAUGUGUAAAUAGAGACUGUUCGUUCCAGCAAUUUUUUGGUGGUGAACUGUCAUAUGACUCAGUUUCCUCUUGGAACCCUCCAAGAAAAACUUCAGGGUCCUAGUGUAAUACAUCUGGCCCCAUUUCUCACCAGCCUAUAUAUUUAACUGGACUCACUCUCCCAUCUUCAGCUAAUGCUACAAUCCUGGAGUCACCUUUUGACUCAUCUUUCCCAAUGCCGCCACAAUCCAUUCUCAUCUGUCAGCAAAAUCUGUCAGUUUUAAUCUAUGAAAUCUCUUACAGUAUUUCCAUCUAACCAUUCCUUGUUUUCCUUCUAUUUCUAUAGCCAUCCUUCUGGUUCAGAAACCUUUUACUUCUUGUCUCAACUAAUGUAAUAGCUUCCUAACUCCUUUCUCUCUAUUUCACACAUAUGGUAAGGUUAUUUUCCUUAAAAAGACCCUUAUUAUGUUGUUCCUUAGCUCAAAAUCCUUCAAUGACUGAAUUUUCACUGCCUGGAAGAUAAAUCCCAAGCUUUUAGCUAUGAAUUCAAAAGCAGCUGUAACCAUAAUGACUCCAGCCUUCACUUCCAGCUUCACCUUCCAAACCACCUCCAUAUUCCAGCAAAUUAGCCUACUUACUUGUUCCUAGUCACAUCUUACAGCUUCCUACCCUCCCAGUUUUAUUUAUACCAAGCCUCCUCCUGAAAUUUCCUUUCCUUUCUUUCUACCUACCCAAGACAUAUAACAUGCUUCAAUAACCAGUCCCUUCCUCCUACAAACCCUACAACCUGGAAAGCACUCUUGCUUUUCCGAAGUCCUCUACACUUGGGGUAACUCUUCUGUGAUGAAGAUUAAAGUGUAUUAUGGCAA